AUGCCGCAGAACGAGCACAUCGAGCUCCACCGCAAGCGCUAUGGCCAGCAGCUCGACCACGCCGAGCGGAAGCGCAAGAAGGAGGCGCGCGAGGUGCACAAGCGCAGCGAGUAUGCCAAGAAGGCUAUCGGGCUCAAGGGCAAGAUGUUUGCGAAGAAGCGCCACCAGGAGAAGGCCAUGAUGAAGAAGACCAUCGCCAUGCACGAGGAGAAGGACAGCAAGCACAAGGCCGACGACGGCGCGCCGCAGAAUGCGCUGCCUGCAUACCUGCUGGAGCGUGAGCAGGUUGACCGGGCCAAGGUGCUGAGCAACACGGUGAAGCAGAAGCGCAAGGAGAAGGCCGGCAAGUGGGAGGUGCCGCUGCCCAAGGUGCGGCCCAUUGCAGAGGACGAGAUGUUCAAGGUGAUGAAGAGCGGCAAGCGCCAGAAGAAGUCGUGGAAGCGCAUGAUCACCAAGGUCACGUUUGUGGGGCCCGGCUUCACGCGCAAGCCGCCGAAGUACGAGCGGUUCAUCAGGCCCACGGGGCUGCGCAUGACCAAGGCCCACGUGACGCACCCCGAGCUCAAGGCCACCUUCUGCCUGGACAUUCUGGGCGUGAAGAAGAACCCCAACGGGCCCAUGUACAGCAGCAUGGGGGUCAUGACCAAGGGGACCAUCCUGGAGGUCAAUGUGAGCGAGCUGGGGCUGGUGACGCCCGGCGGCAAGGUCGUGUGGGGCAAGUACGCUCAGAUCACCAACAACCCCGAGAACGACGGGUGCGUCAACGCCGUCCUGCUCGUGUGA